AUGCUUGGGAACAAAUCUUUCACUGUCAACGGGGCAGCCUGCGGAGCUGAGGCUCUGGUCUUGGCCCUCAUCACCUCUCUUGGAGGCUUUCUGUUUGGUUAUGAUACUGGUCAAAUCUCGGCUAUGCUUUUAUUCAGAGACUACGUCGAUCGUUUCGCUCAGACAGACGAGGACGGCACUAAAUACUGGGUCCCCGCCAUCCAGGGUAUUCUCGUGUCUCUUAUGAGCAUCGGAUGUCUCAUUGGAGCAUUAUCCGGAUCCUACACUGCAGAUUGGUAUGGCCGUCUCAUCGCCGGACUCGGUGUCGGCGCCCUCUCUAUCGGCGUCCCCAUGUUCCAGAGCGAGUGUGCACCGCGAGAAAUCCGCGGUGCUGUCGUGUCGUCAUAUCAGCUCAUGAUAUGCUUCGGCAUUCUUAUCUCUAACAUUGUCAACUAUGGCGUUCGAGAGAUUGAAGAUAGUGAUGCAUCGUGGAGAAUUGUUAUCGCUAUUGAGAUGGCCUUCUCGAUUCCGCUUGGUCUUGGGGUCUUGGCUUGUCCUGAGUCCCCGAGAUGGCUUGCUAUGAGGGAGGAUUGGGAUGGUGUGAGGACAUCGCUAGCGAGAUUGAGGGGUAUGAUGAGUGAUGUGAAGAAUCCGAUUGUUGAGGAUAAUAUUCAGGAGAUGAGGAUUCUGCUGGAGGAGGAACGAAAGGUUGGACAGGGAAGCUGGUUGGAAUGCUUUGGUGUGCGCAAUAAGGGACCGAAGGUGCUGUACCGAACACUCCUUGGAAUGGCUGUUCAGUUCUUUCAGCAGUGGACUGGCGCCAACUAUUUCUUCUACUACGGAGCCACCAUCUUUGAGUCUGCCGGCAUUGAUGACCCCAUCCUCGUCCAGCUGAUCCUCGGCGCCAUCAACGUCGGAAUGACCUUCUUCGGUAUCUACUCUGCAGAAAAGUUCGGGCGUCGCUGGCCCCUCAUCAUCGGCGGUUUGUGGCAGACUGCUUGGCUACUUAUCUUUGCUUCUGUCGGGACAGCAAUUGACCCCGAGGGCAGCAGUACCAGUGGUAUUGUCAUGAUUGUUUCCGCUUGCAUGUUCAUCGCCUCCUUCGCUGUCAGUUGGGGCCCACUCGGCUGGGUCGUUGUUGGAGAAGUCUUUCCUUUGCGCACUCGUGCCAAACAGGCUUCGUUGGCCACGGCAAGUAACUGGCUUGCAAACUUCCUCAUCAGCUUCCUCACUCCAUUCGCCGACGCCGGUAUCUCCUACGCCUUUGGCUACGUGUUUGCUGGUAUGAACCUGAUUGGCACUAUCAUCGUAUACUUCUUCCUAUACGAGUCAAAGACUCUUAGUCUUGAACAUAUUGACAUGAUGUACUGUCUGCCUGAACUCAAGGCAUGGGAGAGCGCAAAGUGGACGCCACCUGGGUAUGUCAGUCGUGAGAAGAAAGAUGAGUCUUACUUUGAGGAGAUGGCUGCUGGGAAGGAUGCAGAGAAGGUUGUUGUCCACAGCGACAGCGGGGUUGAGUGA